UCUCUGGCUGGGUUUUUCUGGAGGAUAGUCCAUGCAUUUCCUGCUUGCUCCUUACAGUAUAGCAGCCCUGCAAAGCGUCAUGACGUCACUGCGGUGUCAUUUUAUUUACAUGAGACUCCAGCUGUUACACUGACUCUGCAAACAGAGCCGAUGUGUGUGUCCGUGGGUGUGUGUCAUCUCCACGUGAUCCCGCUUGCCAAUGUCCUUCUACAAACCACUCAGCAUAAUGGCUGCGGAUGCUGCGGAUGCUCUCCUCCCGCACCGCAUCCCCUUACCACGCAUCCUGCCCCUGCUCCUCCUGAUCGUCUCCGUUAUCACCACACCGAGCCACGGGCUGCUGGGCUUCCGACCGGAGGACACAGGAGGAGAUCUAUCCGUGCAGGACGGGGUGCUGAAGGCCACCGAGGGGACGCGGUUCAUAUUACGCGUGUACUAUGCAGCAUCUCCGCAGAGGCACAACCGGAGCGUCAGCAGCUCCGGCGGAACAGCCGCGCCGUGGAUCGCUUUCAUAGAAGAACCGGAGCCGGGCAGAGAGGGGCAGGUGCAUCCCAAACGCAACUUGUGCGUGGAGGAAAGCGCCAGGAGCUCUGAUAUAGAGCUCAUCGGGUCUUUUAAGUCAGCCUCCAGCCAGAACUCCAUCCUGGUAGAGCUGCUCGCCAAAGACCUGCGGAGAGGAGAGAACAUCAAGUAUUACUCCAUGUGCGCCUUUGACGGGAUCAAAUGGGAGCACUACCGGACGCGCGACUUCUGGCUGGCGGUAGUGGAGCGGCCGCCGCAUACGGAAGGGUGGCUGCAGGCAGGACUGUCGGUGCUGCUACUGGCGCUUUCCGCGCUCUUCAGCGGGCUGGUGAUCAGUAUGCUAGCGCUGGACCCGGUGGAGCUCAAAGUGUUGCAGAACAGCGGCACGGGCAAGGAGCAAAAGUACGCGCACAAGAUUGAGUCGGUGCGCAAACACGGCAACUACGUCCUGUGCACCUUGGUGCUAUGCAACGUGCUUACCAACACUUUCCUGGUGGUCUGGAUGUGCCAGAUCCUCGGAGCAACGCCCGUCUCCACCGCGGCGUGCACUUUUCUCAUCUUCUUCAUCGGAGAGAUCCUGCCGCACUCCGUUGCUUCUAGACACGGGCUGGCUAUCGCGUCCAAGACCGCAUGGUUAACCAAGAUGCUGAUGCUGCUUACUUUCCCCAUUACAUAUCCUAUCAGCAAACUUCUAGACAAUAUGCUGCACCAGGAAAUCAGCAACUUCUACACCCGUGAGAAGCUGCUGGCUAUGCUGAGAGUUACCGACCCGUAUCAUGACCUGGUGAAAGAGGAGCUGAACAUCAUCCAGGGAGCUCUGGAACUCAGGAGCAAAACCGUGGAAGACGUGCUGACCCCUCUCAAUGACUGCUUCAUGCUGGCCUCGGAUGCCAUCCUGGACUUCUACACCAUGUCAGACGUAAUGCAGAGCGGAUACACUCGCAUUCCUGUGUUCGAGAACGAACGGUCUAAUAUUGUCGACAUACUUUUCGUCAAAGAUCUGGCAUUUGUUGAUCCAGAUGACUGCACGCCGUUAAAAACCAUCACUCAGUUCUACAAGCACCCGCUGCACUGUGUCUUUAACGACACCAAACUGGAUGCAAUGCUGGAGCAAUUCAAGAAAGGGAAAUCUCAUUUGGCUAUCGUGCAGAGGGUCAAUAACGAAGGAGAAGGAGACCCGUUCUACGAAGUCAUGGGCAUCAUCACUCUGGAAGACGUCAUUGAGGAAAUCAUCAAGUCUGAGAUUGUGGAUGAAACGGACCUCUACACUGAUAACCGUACAAAGAGACGAGUAUCUCACCAUGAGAGGAAACAGCAAGACUUCUCCAUAUUUAAACUGUCAGAGAAUGAAAUGAAGGUCAAAGUUUCACCACAGCUUCUGCUUGCAACACAUCGCUUUCUAGCAACAGAAGUAGAGCCUUUUAAGUCGACGCAUCUCUCAGAGAAGAUACUCCUGCGAUUGAUAAAGCACCCGAGCGUGGUGCAGGAACUCAAGUUUAAUGAGAAAAACAAGCAAUCGCCAAAGCACUACCUCUUCCAGCGCAACAAACCUGUGGAUUAUUUCAUCCUCAUACUGCAGGGUCAAGUGGAGGUAGAGAUCGGUAAAGAGGGACUGAAGUUUGAAAACGGGCCGUUCACAUACUAUGGCUUACCUGCUAUCAUGACAAUCCUUCCCACAGUUCACAGAUCACCGUCCCAGAGCAGCGGUCUCAAUCAUUCGGAUACUACAAUUCAUGUAGGCAGUCUGGGUCAACUGAGCAUCAGCGGAGGACCGUAUUUACCAGACUAUUCAGUUCGCCAGCUCACAGACCUACAGAUCAUUAAGAUCACUCGUAACCAUUAUCAGAACGCCCUGACAGCUACACGCAUGGACAGCUCUCCACAAACACCCGACGCAGACAGCCAAGUGCCUGGGGAGAGAAUGACAAUCCCUGAGACGCGCUCCAACAGUAUCGCCCUUCCUCUGACAGAACCACGACCCUAUCUGACCCGAUUCCACCAGCACAGACACCUCUACAGACACCCAGACAGCACCAGCACCCUAAAUGAGAGGAACCGCAUCGUCCGAAGUAAGUCAGAUGGACAGAAGAGCCCCAGUGACUCUGUGUUCCUGCGUAUGGAUGACACCCCAUAUAUAAGAGACACUCACGUGGAAAGAAAAGAAGGAACUGAUGCAACAGCUGUACCCAUGGAUACAGACCAGUCUACAUCUCAGCUCAUCAGCUCUCACUCUCUGGGUGGCUCGGAUGAGAACCUGGGGAAAAAACUGCUUCGGAAACUCAGCAACAAAAAAAGAAAGAAGUCUCGUAAUGGAGAUAAACCUCUGGAAGACAAUCCUGAACAAUCACAGGUGAAGACCUAGCAUUCGUUGAAUGGGUUUUUGCUCUCUCACCUGCUUCUCCCACAAAUGUGAAAUUGACCAUCACAACAGAUGUAGCAUCAGAAAACCUUGCCUUCAGCAUUGCAAUGGGCUGGACAACCUGAGAAAUAUAACAAACCAGAAAUUUACAACAUGCAGCAAGACAUUUUUAAUUGACAAGAUGCUACAUAACCGUUGAUAUACUACCGUUUUGAUGGAGGUUUAUGAUGAUGUCAUCUCCAGUCACUGUGGUAAUGACAUUCUGACCUCUGACUCCGGGCAAAGCCAGCAAGCACAAGCCUGGAGACCUGAAGUCAACCGUUUGACCAAUGUGAGGUCAGAACCUUUAGUAUGUCACAAGAUAUGGUCAGCUUUGAGUAGAAUUAUCCAGAAACAAAGUGUUUAUUGUGUGUUUUUAUAUCAUAUUAAGUGAGAGGUAUUCGCCAGGUUGUGUCUGGAGCUCAAUCAAGAUAUCAGAGCACUUUGAGACAGAUCAGAUCCAUUUAAUUCAUAUUCUGUUGAAUAGCUGAGGUGUUGACAGAGAAGAAAUACCUAUAUUAGGUAAGUGGUGUCAAAAUCUUUUGUUUUCAAAAUAAUUAAUAUUUUAUAUUUAUUUCUUAUCAUUUUGCUUUUAUUUUUGCACAUAGAGAGGUACAAAGAUAAUUUUUUAAGCUAUUUUAUGUGCCAGUGCUAAUGGUCCAAGCAAAUGUAUUUGACAUUAGAUUUAUUUGUUUAAAAAUAAUAUUUAUUAUAUCGGCAUGCUUUUCUCGAACAGCAGUGCUAUUAUUGAUAUUAUUAGAACAGCAUUGUGCUUAUUGUAUAAAAUAUUAUAAAAAGUUAGGAUAUGCGCAAAGCCAUAACUCGAACAAACUUGAAGCACUGAUACUAAAAUGUCACCUCAGAUAUAGAUAUAUUGUGUGUGUGUGUGUGUGUGUGUGUGUGUGUGUGUGUGUGUGUGUGUGUGUGUGUGUGUGUGUG